UCCUUGUUUGAAAGCGACUGUUUUCCUGGAAGCUGCGGAGCAACAUUUUCCCCCACAUGGGCCAGCCCCUAGCAAUUUGAGUUUCAGCCAAUGAGCUUCAUCCCCUUGCCAUUUGAGUAACAGCAAGUGAGAUGCACACACAGCAGAACGAGAGAGGGAGAGCAUAUCUGCACACACAGGACAUGGGAAGCAAUUUUCAGGGCCCACUUUUGUCUUGUAAUUACUACUUUCAGAACUACUGGCUAAAAGUAUACAAAAGUACCGGAGAAAUGUUUUUAAAGGAGAAUUUACUAAGCACACAGGACUGUUCUCUAUGAGGAUAACCGCUAUGUUAAGUAAUUAAUAACAUUUAUAGUGUAGGUGUGACCUCAAUAAACCACUUACGCGUGCAUAAUACCAAUUACCCACUGCCCAAAAUAGGAUAUUUUGUAGACACCCAACAACACCAGACAAUGACAUAAACUUGGGUACCAAUAUACAGAUAAGAAAACAAACAAAAACAUCCAACUACCCAUAUAAAAAUGAGGAUUUUUACAUGACAAACAGGAAGCAAAAGAUAAGUUAUCUUUCGUGUUGGAAUGUCACACAUAGUCUGUUUUGUAUGAUCAUUAUAGAAGUCUGGUUGAAUGACGUUUUUACUUGAAUAGUUCAAUUGGGAAAAGUGACUGAUCCAGAGUAUUUAUGAACUAUGUCUGUAAUGAUUGGGAUUAUGUCAGGAACCGGACAAUGGAAUUCUUUCAGGUGUGUCUGUGUCCUCCCCGUGAGAUGACCUUAAUGACUGAGACCUUAACGCGGUUUCUCAAUCCUAAUGAUUCACUUCACAAUAAUUGGGCACUUUAGAGUCCAUCAGUUAAGUAAGACUUGUUUCCAAGCCAGAAGAAUGUAGAUGUCAAAGUUGCAUUACACUUGUGCGUCAAGGGCCCGAUUAACCAAUCAGGGACAGAGGACACGAUGCUGUCAGCUGAUAACUCUUUUCAUUUAUGGGGUAUUUAAAGGGUCAGGGGAAUGUCAAGGCAGAAACAUUGAAAACUCUACAAGGUAAGCCAAUGGAUAUAUCAAUGCUUAUGUGGUUGGUAUUAGGUGUGGACGUUGAUAUUCAGUUUAUUUCUGUGUACUAAUAUGUACAGCAGGUACAUAUGAUUCAGUGCUUACAUAGUAAACAGUUCUAACUAAAUAUCUGUAGAAAUCUGUGCUUCUGUCCUAUGUUAUCUAACCCACUUAGUGCUAUUUCAGGGUAAAAUUAAAUGUUCAUGUUAGAAGGAGGAAUGCUGUGUUAUGAAGUUGAGGUUUCUGGCCCCACACAGUUAAUUUUGUAUUAUUCUUUAAUAGGGCCCUAAAAAUCAGGGCUUGCAAAUAUCUGGAUAGGUUUGCAAUUUAUGAUGCAUUGACUCUUUUUAUAUUUUGUGAUUUAUUUCUCAACUACUUUAUCUUUCCAACAACCUAUAGAUGAGAUUAUCUUCGUUCCUUCUCUGUGCCUCUCAACCGAUGCUCACUCUUUUCUCACUGGCUCUGCUGGUUCCCAUCCCGGGGGCACACGGGCACCCCUACUUCCCCCUUGCCAUCCUGCCCACAUUGGAGAACCCUGAGUGGGAGGCUGACUUACUCCAGCUCCAGGCCUCCCUCGAUGUCCCAGGGGCUGUAGCUGCAGCGGGUCUCCGCUCUUGGGGGCAGCUGCUGGAGCUGGGACCAGAGGACCCACGCCUGGGCCUGCUCAGCGAGCUGGUGGAAGAGAACGGCUGGGGACAGAAGGGCUUGAUGAGGGGCCAGAGGGGGGAUCUGGAGAGGAGGCCGCUGGGUCCCUUCCCCGGUCACCCUAUGGACACUCUGCACUACCAAGAGGGGGGAGAAGAGGGAGGAGAGGGGGGAGGAAAGAGGAACGAAGCUCUCACAUCCAUCGCCGGUGGGCUUCAGGCUUUCAACAGAGAGAAGGGAGGCUUCGGGUUCCGCUUCGGAAGGAAGUAAAAAAGGAGGGAGGGGUCGGGAAAAAGAGGAGGCGCUCGGACUUCUGGAGUGUGGGGAACUUGGAAAAGGGUAAGGUAGAGGGCUGGAGGAUGAAGAUGAUGAAGGGAGGGAUGAGUUGACAGUAGAGAUGUACUGAUUGACACUUAUGUCAGAGCAAUCAAUCAUUACAUUAUGAUGAGAUAUGUAUCAUCAGAGAAAGAGACUGACAAACUGAUAAACAGAAAGUUUACCAAGUGGUCAGAAAAUGUCUGUCAAUGUAUCAUAAUUGUUACAUAAUAAAAUGAUUGAGGGUA